AUGACUGUCCGUGGAUUAGAAAUAACUGGUGAUGUCUUUUGUGGUAUAUUAGCUGCUAUUCACAUUUACAUAUUCGUUCUGGAAACAUUUCUAUGGCGAUCUAGAGCAGCAAAGGGAUUUAAUUUGUCACAAACCGUGGUUGAUUAUUCAGCUGGUUUGGCCGCAAAUCAAGGUUUUUACAAUUUACUAUUAGCUGUUGGUCUCAUAUGGUCAUUGGCUGAACAAGCCCCUUUAACAAAAAUAUUCUUUUUGUCAGCAAUAUUUACUGCUGGUCUAUUUGGUUUUAUUACAGCAUCAGUACGAAUUCUAUUUGUACAAGUAAUACCUUCAUUUUUGGCAUUAAUUUUCGUUAAUUUUGGUUAUUUUCCCAAUCUAAAUAAUUGGUCGAAUUGGAGACAUCCUCUGUGGACCUUGAUGAUUAUCGUGGGUGCUGGAUUAAUUACAAUGGCACUGGCCUUUCUGAUAAAGAAAAAACUAUUAAACACAAACCAGCAAGUUUAA